AUGUCUGCAAUAAACCAAAAUUCACUAAAUCUCAAGGACGAUGAGAAGAUAAAGCUUGAAAAGUUUCGAGAAGCUGUGACUGAUCUUCUCUACCUUCCUGAACAUGAUGACAUCUUUUUGGUCAGAUGGCUUCGUGCUAGGCAGUGGAAUUUGGAAAAUGCAGAGAAAAUGUUGUGUGAGUCGAUGAAAUUCCGCCAAAAGAACAAAGUUGAUGAGCUACAAAGCUGGGAUGUCCCAGAAGUCUUACUUAAUGGAAUUCCGUACGGAACAACAGGAUGCGAUAAAGAAGGCUCAAUUGUGAUAAUCAUUCCAUUCAAAGGAACCGACGCUUAUGGACUGUUUCAUGCUUCAUCCAAACAGGAAGUCAUCAAAUACAUUUUGAGGCUAGCUGAAGACUUUAUGAACAAAGCUUACGAACAAAGCAAAAUACAUGGACCAGAAGCUCGAAAAUUUGUUGCAAUUUUUGACAUGGAUGGUUUUACAUUACGUCAAUACCUUUACAAGCCAGCGAUUGAAGCAAUUAUCGAAUUAAUUCAAAUUUACACAAAUAAUUUUCCAGAAAUUCUCAAGUUUUGUUACGUCAUUAAUGCACCAACAAUCUUCUCGUUCUUCUUCAACAUAGUCAAGCAGUUCCUGGACGAAUAUACGCUGUCAAAAAUUAAUUUGUACAACAGCAAUCAGUCAAAAUGGUUGCCAGCUAUUUUUGAACGAAUUGAUCCUUCAGUUUUACCAAAAUAUUAUGGCGGUGAAAUGACUGAUCCUGAUGGAAAUCCAAAAUGCUUGAAAAAGAUAUGCUGGGGAGGUAAAGUCCCACAGGAACUGUACAGAUCUGGCGAGGAAACAACUUACAACAAUGCAUCAACUUAUAAGAACACAAUUGUUAAGAAAGGAUCAAAGCUGAAGCUGAAUUUUGAUGUGACUGAAAGUGACAUGAUACUUAAAUGGGAUUUUACGACCGAAUCUCAUGACAUCAAGUUUGGAAUUUUAGCUGUGAAUUUAACGACUGGUGAGAAAUUCAGUGAAGUCGAUCUGAAGCGAACGACAUCACAUGAAACUGAAGAGUCGGGCUGCAUAAGUUGUCAAAAGAAUUGUCGAUACACAGUCGUGUUCGACAACAGCUACAGCUACUUUAAAAGUAAGAAGUUGACUUAUUCAGUUGUGAUAACAAAGCCAUUGGAUGAGAAUGAGGAAAAUGCAAAUCAAUUUGAGGAGCAAGUUGAGGAAAAUGAAAGUAAUGGAACUAAUGGAUCUAAUGGAGACCUUGAAGCUGAAUUCAGUAAUAAAGUUAUUGUUUAG